GAAAAGACAAUUUAAUUGUUUCAUGUUUCUUUCAGAUGUGAAGAGUGAUUCAUGUUUGGAUAUAGAAAUAACGUCCUCAACAUCAAAAGAGCGACUCACAGCACAAACUCUUUCCUGCAUCACCUGUGGAAAGACAUUCAGCUCACAGAGACAUUUAGAGAGACAUGAGAGAAAACACACAGAACAGAAACUCUUCACCAGAUCUGAGAUCAGCUUUACUACCUUACAAGAGAAGAAACUUCAUUCAGAAGACCACAGAGAGAAGAAGAAGAAGAAGAAGAAGAAGCAGUUUCACUGUGAACAGUGUGGGAGGAUUUGUGCUUCUUCCUUUCAUCUAAAUGUUCACAUGAGGACACACACUGGUGAAAAGCCUUUCAACUGCACUGAAUGUGGAAGUUACUUCAGAACCAAACAAUAUCUUAAAGUUCAUCAGAGAGUUCACACAGGAGAAAAACCUUACGAGUGUCCUCACUGUGAGAAGAGAUUUAGCUGUAAACGUGGUCUGAAGAGACAUGUGCGUUCCCACACCAAUGAGAGACUGUAUCAGUGCAGUGAAUGUAACAAAACCUUUAGUGAUUUACGCUCUUUAAAAAAACACCAGAAUACUCACAUUAAAGAGAAACUCCAUCAGUGUUCACACUGUGAUAAAUGUUACGGUCAUAAAUAUCAGCUGAUAGUCCAUGAGAGAGUUCAUACUGGAGAAAAACCUUAUCACUGUAAUGUCUGUGGGAAGAGUUUUAGUAAAAAAACAACAUUACUAUGUCAUAAGAGAAUUCAUACAGGUGAAAAACCUUACAAAUGCUCUCAGUGUGACAUGACAUUUGCUUAUUCAAGUCACUUCAGAGUCCAUCAGAGAGUUCACACUGGAGAGAAACCUUACGUCUGCUCUCACUGUGGAAAGGGCUUCUCUAGUUCAUCUAUAUUCAGAGUUCAUCAAAAAGUUCAUACUGGAGAGAAACCUUACGUCUGCUCUCACUGUGGAAAGAGCUUCUCUAGUUCAUCUCAUUUAAUAGUUCAUCAAAGAGUUCAUACUGGAGAGAAACCUCAUCACUGUAAUGUUUGUGGGAGCAGUUUUAGUCAAAAAACUACAUUACUAUGUCACAUGAGAAUUCAUACAGGUGAAAGACCUUUCAAAUGCUCUCAGUGUGACAAGACGUUUGCUCAGUCAAAUUCCUUAAAAUCCCAUGAGAGAAUUCAUACUGGAGAGAAACCUUAUCACUGUAGUGUCUGUGGUAAGAGUUUUACUCAAGGGUCUUCAUUACUAAAGCACACGAGAGUUCAUACAGGUGAAAAACCUUUCAAAUGCUCUCAGUGUGACAAGAUGUUUACUUGUUCAAGUAACUUAAGAUACCAUCAGAGAGUUCAUACUGGAGAGAAACCUUAAAGCUGAAGGUAUACUAGGGGUUAGUAGUCAUCAGAAGAAAAUGACCGUACAGGUUCAACAGCGCAUGUGUGAGAAAAUAUUGGGACAGAACACCCCACUACAAACAAUUAGGGCGCACUCACACUAUCCAAACCAAACCGCGCUCGGGCACGUUUGACCCCCAAAGCCUGGUUUGUUUGACUAGUGUGAUUGUUCUGUUCCACGCCCGGGUGCGGAUUGGUUAAUUGUGUCGCGGCCGGGUUGCAGAGGUGGGCCGGAGCGCGGUUCACUUGGGCUCAGCACGGAAGGAUGUGGUGUGAGCGCAAUCGCGCCUGAGUGCGAUUCAAAAGGUGAAGACAUCAGUUGCGCGCCCACUCACCUUCAUCUGCCUCCGUAAAACCUUUUGAUGCGAGCAGCGGGGUUACGUGAAUGUCCGAGCUGCACACGCGACAGAUCAACUAAGCAAUAUGAUGACAUGUGAGAGGGCUGUCUGUUAUCACGCACCAAACGACUCCGAAUAAAAAACACAGACUUAUCAUUACGGUGGGUUCCAGUGUUAAGAGAGUGAUUUACUUCCUGCUUUUUUCGAAACAAUCGCAUCUUAAUGAGGAAAGUGCGCCCGGACUCGGAUCGAUAAAAUUACAGUGUGAGUGUGUGCACCUGGGCGAGUAGGGAGGGGUGACAAUUGCGCUGGGGCAUGGUUUGGUUUGGUUUGGAUAAUGUGAGUGCACCCUUACACAAAGGCAAUAGAAAGCAUUUGCACACACACUGUUGUUUUUUCUUUUUAUUUUCACUUAUUCCAAGAACAGACAACUGUGGAGCAUUUUUGUCACCCUAAUGUUUGACUCCUGGUCUUUGUUUUCUUCUUGUUUCUUCUAAACUUUGUUUGCCAUGGUGGAUCGCCUACUUUUCUUCACCUAUCCUGCAUUUUUUCCGUUGCAUUGUACCUCAGGGUUUGGUGUCAGUUUACUUUUGGGAGCUUUUUCACUGAGUGAAGUACGUAGUAACGAUACAUUUUUUAGGACUACCUCGGUUGGGGUUCCAAGCGACUUGAGCUGAGACCAAACGUGACGUGAAAACACUGUAGAUCACUGAUUGGUCUGAGAGAAUCGUCACUAUCAGUGUAAUUGCUAUAAUGCAAAAGAUUAGCUUUACCUUAGUGCUAGCUUGCGGUGUCUCGAGCAAACAUGUUGUCAUCUGUGCUCUGCUAUAAGUUCCCAAACUCACUUUAGCGAUGAAAAACAUCUACAGGUUGAGAAUCAAGAACACAAUAACAGUUUUUUUUAGACUUGCAGUUUUUUGGCGGCACAUUCGCAACGCGCACGUAUGCUUAAAUGCAACUUUUGAGGCUUAGCGGAGCUCGUUAACUGACGCCACAGGUGUUUUUACAGAAACUGUCAUGUGAGACAGAGGUAGUGUUAAACGCAUCUAUUUUGGUGAUCAAUUUUAGUUUUGUGGCAGACUGAGAAAUAAAUGAAUGUAUGGGAAUGUACAACAAUGCUCUCACUUGUAUGAUGUCACAGCAGUAGGCAGUGCACAUAUAACAACACGCCUAUAAUCCCUCCCAUCUGAAAUAAUACUAACUCGAUGGAAAAGCUAACCAAGCCAAAGUGAAGUGAGCUGACCCGACCUGACUCGCCAAUCAGUGCGGCUCUGACGGCCUGGUAGAGUUAUAAUUUGAAUGAGAAAUCAUUUGUAUUGUGUUCAGUCGUGGCCAAAAGUUUUGAGAAUUACAUAAAUAUUGGAAAUUGGAAAAGUUGCUGCUUAAGUUUUUAUAAUAGCAAUUUGCAUAUACUCCAGAAUGUUGAAUGAAAGAGUGAUCGGAUGAAUUGCAUAGUCCUUCUUUGCCAUGAAAAUUAACUUGGGCCUAGUCCACACGGACAUGGGUAUUUUUAUAACCGUGAGUUUUUUCACGUGGUUCGGCCGUUCAUCCACACGAAACCGCAGUAUCAGGGCACUGAAACCGAGCAUAUUUGAAAACCCCGGCCAGGGUGAGCUUUUUAAGAAACCCCGGUUACAGUGGUGUCGUGUAGAGAGUAAGGUUUUGCCUUGCGAUGUCAGAGUGUGCGCCGCUAUCCACUGUGUUUGACGUCAAGAUUGUGCGCCACGACUGCUUUGUUGAUGAUUCUGUGCAAUGGCGGACGUAUCUUGCUAAUAAUAACUGUGCCAGCAGGGCUUCUAACAUGUAUACAGAUACAUCAGUAUAUUGCGGAACACGAUUUUGGUUAUAUCCCCGCCUGCUGGUGUGGCAUGCUCUUGACAGCGCUUGAUAGCGUGCUUUUGCUUUAUCGUGUGGAUGGAUAUUUAAUUUAAACCGAGCAUGUGUGGACGGGAUUUUUUUUAGGGAAAACUCCAGUUAUAAAUAUACCCAUGUCUGUGUGGACCAGGCCUGAAUCUCAAAAAAACAUUUCCACUGCAUUUCAUUGCUGUCAUUAAAUAGCCUGCUGAGAUCAUUUCAGUAAUCGUCUUGUUAACUCAGGUGAGAAUGUUGACGAGCACAAGGCUGGAGAUCAUUAUGUCAGGCUGAUUGGGUUAGAAUGGCACACUUGACAUGUUUAAAAGAAGGGUGAUGCUUGAAAGCAUUGUUCUUCCAUUGUUAACCAUGGUGACCUGAAAAGGAACGUGUGCAGCCAUCAUUGCUUUGCAUAAAAAUGGCUUCACAGGCAAGGAUCUUGUGGCUACUAAGAUUGCACCCAAAUCAACAAUCUAUAGAAUCAUCAAGAACUUCAAGGAAAGAGGUUCAAUUCUUGUAAAGAAGGCUUCAGUGUGUCCAAGAAAGUCCAGCAAGUGCCAGGAUUGUCUCCUAAAGAGGAUUCAGCUGCGGGAUCGGAGUGCCACCAGUGCAGAGCCUGCUCAGGAAUGGCAGCAGGAAGGUGUGAGCGCAUCUGCACGCACAGUGAGGUGAAAACUUUUGGAAGAUGGCCGGUGUCAAGAAGGGCAGCAAAGAAGCCACUUCUCUCCAAAAAUAAACCAUCAGGGACAGAUUGACCUUCUGCCAAAAGUAUAGUGAUCCAUUCCUGAGGACUGCUGCAAAGUCAUAUUCUCAGAUGAAGCCCCUUUCAGUCUGUUUGGGGCAUCUGUAAAAAGGCCUUUCAGGAGAAGAACAGGUGAGCGCUACCAUCAGUCCUGUGUCAUGCCAACAGUAAAGCAUCCUAAAACCAUUCAUGUACGGUUGUUUCUUAUUCAAGGGAGUAGGCUCACUCACAAUUCUGCCCAAAAACACAGCCAUGAAUAAAGAAUGGUACCAAAAUACCCUCCAACAGCAACUUCUUCCAACAAUCCAACAACAGUUUGGUGAAGAACAAUGCAUUUUCCAGCACGAUGGAGCGCCGUGCCAUAAGGCAAAAGUGUUAACUAAGUGGCUCUGGGACCAGAACGUUUAAAUUUUGGGUCCAUGGUCUGGAAACUCCCCAUAUCUUAAUCCCAUUGAGAACUUGUGGUCAAUCCUCAAGAGGCGGGCGGACAAACAAAACCCCACUAAUUCUGACAAACUCCAAGAAGUGACUAUGAAAGAAUGAGUUGCUAUCAGUCAGGAUUUGGUCCCGAAGUUGAUUAAGAGCAUGCCCAGUCGAAUUGCAGAGGUCCUGAAAAAGAACGGUCAACACUGCAAAUACUAACUCUUUGCAAAAUGUUAUGCUAUUGUCGAUAAAAGCCUUUGAAACGUAUGAAGCGCUUGUAAUUAUAUUUCAGUACAUCAUAGAAACAACUGAAACAAAGAUCUUAAAACAGUUUAGCAGCAAACUUUGUGAAAACUAAUAUUUAUGUAGUCUCAAAACUUUUGGCCACGACUGGACAUGUUCAACACGGGUAGCUGAGUAUGCUUUGAAAGCUGUCCGUCAGCCGGACACGGUAAAAAGUAUACCCCGCCAUUAAGUCUGCUCUCACUGUGGAAUAAGCUUCUCUAAUCCAUUUCAAUUCAGAGAUCAUCAAAGAGUUCAUACUGGAGAGAAACCAUAAAGGCCGAGGUAUACCUUUUUUCCGCGUCCGGCUCACACGCGUCCGUGCAGCUUUCCAAGUAUACUCCCCACGGCUAUACGCGAAUGGCCGCGUUUGACACUGUAUGCAAUACAAAUGAUUUCUUAUUCAAAUUAUAACUCUACCAGGCCGUUAGGCCAGCACUGAUUUGGCGACAUUUACAGUACAUUAAAACAUUAGGAUAGGUGAAGAAAAGUAACCAUUCCAUAAUUGCAAACACAGUUUAUAACAAACAACAAGACAACAAAGAGCAGGAAUCAAAUAUUAUGAUAACAAACAUGCUCCACAGCUCUGUUCUUGGAAGAAGUAAAAGUUAAAGAAGAAAAUCGAUAGUGUGUGUACAAAUGCUGUCUAUUUCCUUUGUAUAAUUGUUUGUAGUGGAGUAUCCUGUCUAAAUAUUUCCAUGCGCAUGAGCUGUUGUACUGUAUGUGCACUCAAAUUUUGGGCUGCACGCGGACCCUCCUGAUGACGAAAAUUAAGUCCCUAGUAUACUUCCGGCUUAACACAGUAGUGUCUGUGGGAAGAGUUAAUCAACAGUCAAACUUUGUAAAGCACCAGUGACCUUAAUAAGGUUAUGACACCAAAAACAGUUUUACAUAUUAUUAAAGAGUAACUAAACUCUAAACCAACUUUUUUUGUAAAAAUGCCUGACUGCUGCCCUCCUCAGGUCAAUCUGUGGCUACUGAAGUUGAAUUUUCCUAUUGGAUGUUGCGGUACUAAGUUACUUAAGCUGUACGUGUGACAUAAGCAGGUUCAAGCUCGCCUCGCCCUUGUUACAAUCUCACCACACCCUUGGCAAAAUUCUCCAUUUUAGAGGCUGACAGCAGCAGCCCCCAAAUCAGCCCCGCCCUCGGUUCGUCCCCUCUAUCUCCACUGGGGUCUGCCCAAUUUUCUUGCAUUUUUCAAAUAUUGCCAAUGGUGGAGUCAGGCUCUGACCUGGGGCCGGUUGCACGUAAAAAUAUUGGGUGUAAGUCCUACGUCGGACAUUGUGAAAAAUAUUUACGCCUGUUGCACCAUCUAAAACUACGACCAAACGCAGCUACGCUCAGUGUAGAUGAUGCACACCCCCACGUAUGCGUUUACCAGUGAUAUUUAAACGCUGUUCGCUUUUACUAUGGCAAAAAUGGUACACUAAUAGAUUACCCCAUGUUUACCAGUGCGCUCUCCCUCAAGAUGCGUGCGUGUAGACUCAUCAAACACAUUAUAACAGCUCUAGUUUCAAACAAAAUUAAAUCAAAGCUUUUAAUAAGUUCUCUACAGUGUCUUUGUAAGUAUUUAUGUAUUUUAUUAUAUAAUUUAUUAGGGGUCUCUCUACCAUGCAUGAAAGCACAUUGCGUAUCCUGUGCACGCGCCAAUGUCUUGUCACAUUUCAUUAUUUCUAUUUUGCCAUAGAAACAAAGUCAAUACUUUAUACUUACACCUACCCUUGACUCGAGGUAAGUUUAAAGGUGCAGUGUGUAUAUUUUAGCGGUAUCUAGUAGUGAGAUUGUGAAUUGAAACCAACGGCUCAGUCUACCAUUCACCAGAACGCAUUGAAAAUCUAUGGUAGUCGCCAAAGGACAAGCAUGUUGUUGUCUAAGACAAAAUGAAAAUGUGCUUUGUAGAGCAGUUUGUUCGUUUAGUGCUACUGUAGAAACAUGGCGGCACGAAAUGGCGACUUCCAUGUGAGGGGACCCGCUGUGUAUUUAGAUAAAAUCGGCUCAUUGUAAGGUAAUAAACACAUAACUGAUCACUAUGUAAGGUCUUUUUACACCACUGAUAAUAUAGUUGUGUAUAUUAUAUUGCAUUUCUGUCAAGAGGUCCUUCUAAAAGCUGCACACUGCACCUUUAAGUCUCAGACGUGCGCUACGGCUAGAUGGUGCAACAGGUGUUAAUUCUACGUCUGACAUAAAGUGCUUUUUACGUCCAGAGUAGUCUUACGACUGGGUUUACCGCCCAGCUGGUGCAACUGGCCCCGAGGGUUUAGUAACCCUUUAAUAGUAAAAUAAGAACAAAUAAUCAAAUGAUGAGCAAUAUCGCAUAAAUUCAACAGAACAAACACACUAAUAAAAUAAAACUGUGCUGUUCAGGUUUUUCAGAUUAAUCUAACAGUUCUGUAUUUUGGAGGUAAGGUGCCAAGCUGGAAAGAGUGUAUGUGUCUGGGAGCAAACAUACUGUUCAGAACUAUAUACAAUAGUGUUAAUUCAUGUUGUUUUUCAUAUUUUAUUUACACAUUUAUCAUUUUUAUCUCUUUUAUAAACUAUUUUUUAUGUGUCAAACUUGUUUAGUUUAUAUUGUGUGCUGUGUGAUUUUACAUACUGUUUUCAAAGUUUUAAUGUCAUGGGACCACAUUGUCAUAAAUUGUUCAUUUAAGAAGGUCACUGUUCAGAUUAUUUAGUAAAUGCUUUGUUCAUUUUUACAAUGAUUAUGUCUCCUGACUUCUGCUAUAGGCCUAUUAUCUGUGCUGGUAAAUUAAAGUUGACAUAAUUAUUUAGUAUUUUGUCAAGUCUUUUUAUUCUUUCUAGGAAAGUUAAAGGACCUGUUAUUACAUAGAGAUCAUCUUGACCAGAUACACAGUGUGAUAUGUUAGCACAAUAGAAACGAACUGCAAGAGCUUGUAGAGAGGAGUAAAGACUGCUGAGAGGAACAGCACUAUAUUUUGAGGAUAUUGUGCAUAUUUUACAAGCAUGUCACAGUUUCACUGCACAGACACCAUAUAUUGUAUAACAGGUUUCUUUUACUUUAUUAUUAGUAUUUUAAUGACAAUCACAGUUGAAUGUAAUGUUGUAAUAAAAACGGAAAAAUGUCUUUAUAGGUAUCUAUACAGAUGAAAAUAAAGGCUUUAAACUUCAA